AUGAGCCCAGGCAGGAGAAGAGCAGGAGAGGCUGCAGGAGGGAAGGCAGAGCCAGCCCCGACUGCUCCAGAGCCCCAGGAUGGAAAGAAGGCAGCGCUGGCAGAGCAAGCUUCAGCUGAGCAGCACGAUGGAGGGGAAGCAGCACCUACAGAGGAGAAGGUGCCGGCUGCUGCCAAGGCCCAGGAUGGAGGGAGGAAUGAGCCAGGGAAGAAGGCUCCGGCUGCAGUAAAGCCUGAAGGAGGGCAGGCAGCACCCAUGGAGGAGAAGGCUCCAGCUGCUGCUAAGGCUGAGGAUGGAGGGAAGGAUGAGCCCAAGGAGGAGAAGGCUCCAGCUGCAGGAAAGCCCAAAGGAGAGCAAGCAGAGCCCACAGAGGGGAAGGGCCCGGCUGGAGCAGAGGCUCAGGAUGGAGGGAAGGAUGAGCCCAUGAAGGAGCAAGCCCCUGGUGGGUUAGAGCCGGAGGGUGGUGGGAAAGCAGAGCCCAUGGAGGAGAAGGCUCCAGCUGCAGUGGAGGCUGAAGAAGGGAAGGCAAAACCCACCAAGGAGGCAGCCUUGGCUGCAGCACAGGCUCAGGAUGGGGGCAAAGAAUCUGCAAAGGAGAACCCCACAUCUGGUGCCAAGGAGAAGGCUCCAGCUCCUGUGAAAGCCCAGGGUGGAGGGAAGGCAGCAGCCAAGGCAGAGAAAACCCCAGCAGAUAAAAAACCUGUGAAGACGAAGGCUCCGGCUCCUGCGAAGGCUCAGGAUGGAGAGGAACAAGCGGCAAAGGCAGAAGAAGCCUCAGCUGCAAAAACAGCUCAGAAGGGUGACAAAGAGGAGCCUGCAAAGGAGAAGGCUGCGGGUCCUGCGAAGAAGGCCCCAGAUGCUGCAAAGGCUCAUGAUGGAGAGAAGGCAGCAGCAAAGGCAAAGGAAACCCCAGCUGCAAAGAAGCCUCAAGGUGGAAACAAAGAGGAACCUGCAAAGGAGAAAGCCCCGGCUCCUGCAGAAGCGCAGGGUGGAGGGGAGAGAGCUCCAAAGGUGGAAGAACCCCCAGCGGCAUCGAAGGCUGAGGAUGGAGACAAGGAAGAGCCUGCCAAGGAGGAAGCCACGGCUCCCGCAAAGGAGGCUCCGGCCGCUGGGAGGGCUCAGGAUGGAGGGGCGAAAGCUGCAGAGGUGGGAUCCCCCCCAGCUGCGGCAGAGGCCGGGGAUGGAGGCGAGGAGCCCGCAGAGGCAGCGGCCACGGCUGCGGCCCCGGGUGAAGGGGAGCAAGCAGCAAAGGCGGAGACGGGCAAGGAGCAGCCGAGGGGCGCUGAGCCCCCGCGCCCGGCUCUGCUGCAGAGCCUGAGCUGCCCGGCCCCCUGCCAAAGGGACGAGCAGCCCUGGGCGGAGGGGCCGGCGAUGGAGGUGAUACUGGAGGAGACCACGGUGAUGGAGCCGGCAGAGCCCGGCCCGCUCCCGGCAGCCCAGGGGGACCUGCAGCCCCCCGGCACCCCACAGGAGAGGACAUUGCCCAGCGCCACGGGGCAGGCCCCGGGCCCCGCCGGGGCUGCGGAGCAGCCUGGCCCUGCGGGACAACCGCCCUCGACGGAGGCAGAGCCACCCCCGAGCCCCUACCUCACCCCCGACUUCGGGAAGGAGGACCCGUUCGAGAUACUGGAUGAUGUCCCUCCGCCACCAGCGCCCUUUGCUCACCGCAUCGUCACCCUGCGGUCUGCCAGCAUCAGCUCCCAGUUCAACCUCAGCUCCAAGGAGAUCCUGGGGGGGGGCAAGUUUGGUGAAGUCCACACGUGCACAGAGAAGCAGACAGGGCUCAAGCUGGCGGCCAAAGUGAUCCGGAAACAGGGUGCCAAGGACAAGGAGAUGGUGCUGCUGGAGAUCGAUGUGAUGAACCAGCUGAACCACCGCAACCUCGUCCAGCUCUACGAUGCCAUCGAGACGCCGCGGGAGAUCAUCCUCUUCAUGGAGUUUGUGGAGGGCGGUGAGCUCUUUGAGCGGAUCAUCGAUGACGACUACCAGCUGACGGAGGUGGACUGCAUGGUGUUCGUGCGGCAGAUCUGUGAGGGCAUCCGCUUCAUGCACCACAUGCGUGUCCUCCACCUCGACCUCAAGCCUGAGAACAUCCUCUGCGUCGCUGCCACUGGGCACAUGGUGAAGAUCAUUGACUUUGGGCUGGCUCGAAGGUACAACCCCCAGGAGAAGCUGAAGGUGAACUUUGGCACCCCCGAAUUCCUCUCCCCUGAGGUGGUCAACUACGAGCAGGUCUCCUACACCACGGACAUGUGGAGCAUGGGUGUCAUCACCUACAUGCUGCUCAGCGGCCUCUCCCCCUUCCUGGGGGACAACGACACCGAGACGCUCAACAACGUCCUGGCUGCCAACUGGUACUUUGAUGAGGAGACCUUCGAGAGCGUCUCCAACGAGGCCAAGGACUUCGUUUCAAACCUCAUCAUCAAGGACAAGAGCGCCCGGAUGAGCGCCAGUCAGUGCCUGGAGCAUCCCUGGCUCAACAACCUGGCAGAAAAGGCCAAACGCUGCAACCGGCGGCUCAAGUCCCAAGUGCUGCUCAAGAAAUACGUCAUGAGGAGGCGCUGGAAGAAAAACUUCAUCGGGGUGUGCGCUGCCAACCGCUUCAAGAAGAUCACCAGCUCGGGGUCCCUGACGGCGCUGGGCAUCUGA